AUGUUACAAACACGCUCAUUGGUGGUAGGUUGGUAGGUUUAAUUGUGAGUGUCGUAUUUUUGUUCCUGUGUCAACGGAAAGAAGGAAAAUAACAGCAGCUAGUGAAACCUGGCUAAGUUGUCAUCCAAGGCAUCAAUUUUUCAAAUAUCAACGGAAAAAGCCCCUCUUACCUCACAUCAGCCGACCACCUACCAGCUGAGCAGAACUCAUUUUAAACAUGAACUCCAAUGUGGAGAAUUUGCCUCCUCACGUUCUUCGCUUGGUCUACAAGGAGGUUUCUGCUUUAGCAGCAGACCCUCCUGAGGGUAUAAAGAUUUAUCCAAGUGAGGAAGACAUCACUGAACUGCACACUGCCAUUGAAGGCCCAGAGGGAACACCAUUUGCUGGUGGCAUUUUCCGAAUGCGUCUUGUGCUUGGAAAGGACUUCCCUGCGGUUCCGCCUAAGGGUUAUUUCUUGACCAAGAUUUUUCACCCCAACGUGGGUCACAAGGGAGAGAUCUGUGUCAACGUGCUGAAGAGGGACUGGAAAGCAGAACUUGGCCUCCGACAUGUCUUACUUACGAUCAAGUGUCUUCUUAUCCAUCCAAACCCAGAAUCAGCUCUGAAUGAAGAAGCUGGGCGUUUGCUGUUAGAGGACUAUGCAGAAUACGAGUCACGUGCUCGCCUGCUUACAGAAAUCCACGCCAUGGGUGGUCCAGGCGGAACCUCUGGGGCUCCUCAGGACCCUAAUGAUGGCCCCCAGCCAAAGAAGCACGCAGGCGACCCUACAAAGAGAGCGGGACCCAGUGCAGCAGCUGUGCCAGCAGCUCUGGGUAAUGGAGCUAACGGAGCCAGCACCACCACCAGCAAUAGCAUCAGUAGUAGUAGCACUAAUGUAGCAGGGAAGAAAAAAGCAGAUAAAAAGCGUGCAUUGAGGCGACUUUAAUACCUCAACAAAGUUCUCAGUAUAUGUGUGCGUGUGCGUGCGGGUGUGUAAAUAUAAGUAUUGAAGUGUGCUGAUGUUUUGAUUCCCCUUUUUCUGACUCUUUGUACCACAAAUCCAGACGAGACCCACUUUGUACUUCGUACCUUACGCUUUGUUUUGCCACCAGUUUGUCGUGUUGGCAUUAUAGAUUUGUUAAUUAUGUAAAAACAUGGAAUAUUUGCUCCUCUUUGUAAACAAAGUCUACACUUUUCACAGCAAAAACUAUGCCGUCAUUUGCAUCGUUUCCUUGGCCAUCUGGAUGAAUGGCAGAGAAUGGCCUUUGGUUUCUGUCGUCUUAUGAAACAAGCUUCUGUUGAGUCAGACUUGGAGAAGCUCUUUUUAAUAGUGUUUCUUGGUAAAUGCUGCUGUGAGGGUACUGUGUACUGCUCAGCCAGGGUCACCGAGUCUAAACCAAGAUACUACCUUAAUUGAAGUCAGUUUUUUAAAUAAGGGUCAAGGAAAGUUAUGGUAGAUUAUUAUGCAAAACAAAGAAUUAAAAACAUUUUCAACUGUAGUUUUCAUAAUUGACCUGAAUGAAGUGAAAGGAUGGAAAUCAUUACUUGCCGUUAUAGAAGACUGAUGGUCACAGACUCUCAAUCCCCUAUAUUUUUUUUAAUUUCUCUAAAAUUGUUUCACUGUCCAAUAUUUGCAAAAGUUGUUUAUAAUUGACAUGUCCAUAUUCAGCUGUCUUGUGGUUUUUGUGUGAAGACAUAGAUCAGUGGCUGUAUGGGAACAGGGUAAGCUGCCAGGUGACUCUGGAGUCAUCUAUUCUCUGUUAUGUACAGUAAUAUGAUUCAAACUUCCCUGUUCCCCUACUAAGCCUUAUGUGAUUUUCAAUACCCAGUUUUCCAACCAGCCAUGUGGGUACCAGAGAACACAUCAGUAGCAAAACUUCCACAUUUGAUAGAAAUUGUCUCCCUUAAUAUCACACUAGCAGGAUUUCUUGGGCAGGUUUUCUCUCUGUUCUAAAUGCAUGCGGGGCCUACAUUUCCCAAGGAAACACACUGAAGCGCUGUCUUAAUGUGGAUUGAAAAGGUGCCACUGAAACUCCUGUUAUGUGCUGACCCUUUGCUGGAUAUUUUGUGUCCAUUUUAAAUUAUUUAAAUAAAUAAAACAUUGAAAUAUGA